AUGUCCACAGAGGCUACAAAACCACCGCUCACUACUACACCAGCUACUGUACUCGUUUAUCCUAACGCUCUCAAGCGGAAGAAGGGUGACGACACUAGUGAGGAGCAAGUGGAAGCUGAAAUCAAACGAGUGGCCCUCGAAGAUGCAGAGGGCGAGGAAAAUUCUGACAACGAACAGUAUUCCCCUGAUAAUGUCCCCUCCCACGUGCACUUACGAAUGCUAUGCCUUGUAAAACACGCUUCACUGAUAGUGGGACACAAGGGCGCUACCAUAUCUAGAAUUAAAUCAGAAACCUCUGCUAGAAUAAACGUGUCAAAUAACAUUAGAGGUGUUCCUGAAAGAAUUAUAUACGUGAGGGGUACCUGCGAUGAUGUGGCCAAGGCAUACGGCAUGAUAGUGAGAGCACUACUCGAAGAACAUGGAAACGAAGAGGAUGGGGAAGACAUCGAGGUUUCCAUCAAUCUUUUGAUUCCUCAUUAUCUCAUGGGUUGUAUCAUUGGUAAACGCGGAUCCCGAUUAAGAGAAAUUGAGGAUUUAAGUGCAGCAAAAUUAUUUGCAUCUCCGAACCAAUUGCUUCUGUCUAAUGAUAGGAUAUUGACUAUCAAUGGGGUGCCAGAUGCUAUUCAUAUCGCCACAUUUUAUGUCGGUCAAACUUUAUUGAACUUUCAGCUGGAGUCACCACAGAAGAAAGCGAAAAGGUCUAUAUUUUAUCAGCCCACCCAGUUCAACUCGGUGUUAAUAAGUCAUAGCCAGUCGAACGCUAUCCCUCAUGAAAGAAACCAUCAAUAUCAUCCAAACGAUAAGCUACUUUCCUAUAGGCCUAGCAAAAAGCUGCCAGUAUCGUCCACCUUUUUGAGUAUGGCUCCUCCGCAGUAUACCACCGCUAGCGUAGCAAACGCGACGACAUUUCAGCCAAAUUUCGUUAUUCCCAACGUAACAAUCUUGGAUGGGCCCAUCAUCAAUCCAGGACACAGCAACCAUUUGUUUAUGAACCUUGUACAGCAAGAUAUAUAUAUAAAUGAGAAUUAUGUCGGAAACGUCAUUGGUAAGGAUGGCAAACAUAUAAAUUCGGUCAAGGAAUCCACAGGUUGUUCUAUCAUUAUACAAAAUCCAGUAGAGGGGUUCUUGGAAAGAAAACUUACAAUAAGGGGAACAUUUAUGGCUUCUCAAGCUGCUAUUAUGUUGAUUAGCAAUAAAAUUGAAAUUGAUAGAGUAAAUGCGGAACGUAUAAGAAGGUCACCUCUCUAA